AUGGAUAACUAUCUUCCUAAUUGGCCCAAUCGAAACGAAAGUCAAUCGUGGAUUGAUCAAGCAUUUCUACCAUACGAUUAUGUUGUACAAAAUGUCGAAAAGGAACUUUCGAAUAAGAUAUUGGAUACGGCUUUGAAUGGACAAGACCAUGAAAUCAACGAUGACGAAGCGGAUUACAUGUUUCGAGAAUUGAAAACAUUUUCCAUUGUUCAAUUAGUCAACAAAAUUCGUGAUAUCCAUAAUAUGACAUAUGAAUUAGGAGUGAACGAGAGUCUUGAAAUGGCUCGAGCGAAAAUAUUGAAUAUUUUUGAUAGUUCAUAG